UCACGUAUGCGAUGUGCGCAUGCGCCCAUCUGAACCGGCUGUUGUUUGUUGGCAGACUGAUUUCUCGAUUGUAACUCCAAUUUUCUGUUUUGGUAAUUAUUUCCUUCGAAAUAACGUCACUUCACAUGUAUUAUAGUUGGCAUACUCGUGACAGUUACAGUAAAUAUUUGUUAACAAAGUGCUUGGUUUGUGUUACAUACUUGGUAUAGAAUGGCUGGGACUGAGAAAACUACUUCAGAAGGUGAUGCUUCGAAUGCAGAUCCGAAACCAUUUGAUGCAAGCCUUUUCUUUCAAAGUGAAGCAGAGAAGCCCUCCUCACCAAGUUUUCCUUCUGAGAGUCCCUUCAUGGAAAAACCUAGUGAUACACUCCAAAGUACAAUGGAACAGUCCAGUGAUAAGACAGGAGGAAGUGGAGAGGAAGCAAGAGAAAAUGACCAAUCUGGUCCACUUGUAAAGGACACGCAGCCUUCAGUAACCAGCUUCUUUACUAAAGACCAGAGCUUGAUCCAGAGUUCUGGGAGCUUCUUUGAUUCAUUUGCCAGUGCCGUUGGAGACGAGAACGACUUGUUCUCAACACCACCCUCAUCCGUUGGAGCAACGCCAGUCUCGCCAGAAGGCCGUGGAGGAUUCAUGGAGGAUCCUCUGGGGAUAUCAGCUGAAGUUUCGAUGAAUGCUGCAGAAGAAGUAGCAGGAGUUAACAGUGAGACAGUGAGCAUUGAUUCCACUAAUCUGCUCACUGAAGAAGAUGCUAAGAUGGGGAGCGGAAGUAACAUGGACACCAUGAGCAUGGAUUCUACAAACCUUUUAUCAGAGGAGGACAAGGAUGAUCAAAGCGUUGAUCAGGGCAAUGAGAGCUUUGAAGCAAAGAAUGAUCUGGUGGAGGAGGAUGGAGAAAUGGAAACUGCAAAGGGAGCACUUGAGACAACUAUCUCACUGGAAAGUCCAGAGGCGGAGACAACGGUGAUUGAAGAGGGAAUAAACGAUGCUGCAGCUGAAUCAAACAAUGGUGACAAAGAUGAACCUGUAGCAGUUGCUUCUGCUGUGGUAAAGCCACCAGAGACUGUUCCUGAUCUACCAAAGGAUGAUGCUGACUCGAGCUUGGAUGUCAACGAUAAGGUCGCUGUUCCUGAUACGCAGGUGACGACUCCGAAUAAAUCAACCACCAUUGAAUCACAAGGGCCAUCCUCACCGCCUCUAUCAGUCACUUCCCAAGAAGACACGGUCACCGACUCCUCCGACUCUUUGGGUGUUCCGCCUGCCCUCAUGUCGUCCUUCAGCGCUCCAUCAGGUCUCACCAAUCCCAACCCGGUCAGGCCCCAUGUGCCGUUUCAGUCCAGCGCAUCGCAAGAAGAUGAUGAUGACCCGUUUGUAGAAGCGCUCCGUACCAGUGAGAGCGAUCGUCGGCACGAUGCCUGGAUACCCUCGGAAGCCACUCAGAAGAUUUUAGUAAACCGUAGUAUUGCCCUGCAGGGAUCAGAGUACGUGAUCAGGGAUCAACUCACCAUGCCUGGUAUCAUUGCCGAAGAACCACAGGGUGAUCCAAUCAAAGAGCUAGUACAGAGGUACAUGGGUGAGCAAGAAUCCGCUAAACGAUCUGUUCUCACCGUAAACCAAGUCACGAGAGAUGAGCAUGGCCUUAAAAGGUUAUUGGAUGCAGGUUGUCUUCGUGCUGCGGUUGACCUGACAGGUCUUCUAUUGACCUCUGGAGCUCAGGGCAAAGGUCAAGCUGGAAUGCCAUCAAGACACACCCCUCAUCUCAUGCAGGUAUGGUUCACUAGGAUAUCUGUAUUGAUGAAGUUACAGCAGUUCACUGCAGCAGAGCAAGAGUUGGAUGCUUUUGGUAACAUGGAUAAGCCUGAUCUCUUCUAUGGCUACUACCCGGAUCUCUACCCAGGCAGACAAGGUUCUAUGGUACCCUUCUCAUUUCGUUUGAUCCAUGCUGAGUUAGCUAUGUAUGUGGGCAAGCAUCAGCUAUGUCUGGACAGACUUUCUGCCAUUCUGUCUGUUUGUCACAAGAUUGUGAAGAAUCUACAAGAUGGAAAGUCCGAGUAUGGCCAGUCUGUGGAGCUUGCAGAAGAGAAUAGGAAAGCAUCUUUAGAUCUGUGGGAGAGUAGACAAAUCCGAGUUCUUCACUCCGUGGGAAACUGCUUAGUCAGCAUGAAGGAGUACAUGCAAGCUGUGAAUGUCUUCAAAUCACUGGUAGUGAAAGAGCCUGAGAAUGAAAUCAACAUAUUGUGUGGUAUUGCCAGGGUGUACCUUCAGCUUGGUGAUCUGAAGUCUGCCCAGGAUGUGUACAGUGAGAUAGAGAAGAAGAUUCCAGCCGGUGGGUCCUCUCCAGGCAAACAGGCUAGAAUACAUAUUAAUAGAGGGUUCCUGAAAGUAGCACAGAAUCAGUACGCAGAAGCCUAUAAGCAUUUCAAUGAAGGACUCAAAAUAGAACCGACGAACUUCAUGGCAAUCAACAAUGUCUCAGUUUGCUGCCUGUAUCUCGGCAAACUGAAGGAGUCGCUCUCACUCCUAGAGAACCUUGUCAACAAAGACAGCAGCGAGUUCUUAGACGAGUCCCUCAUCUUUAAUCUCUGCACCCUCUACGAGCUGGAGUCGUCUAAGAGCACCGUCAAGAAACAGAAUCUUCUUGGACUAGUCAGUAAACACAAAGGAGAUGGUUUUAAUGUCAGUUGUCUUAAGAUGCCCUAGUUUCUCAUCUGUAAUCUCUUUCCUUGUCGAUGAGG